UGUGUCGAAACUACUGUCAGUUUCACUUGACAUUUUAAAUAUAAAAAUGUUAGAGUCCGCUAUAAAGCCUCUAAAAUCAAAAAAUCUAAAUUUAUUAUUGAAACAGCAAAUUAUCAGACAAAUUGAACAAACCGAACACACAGAAAAUCCCCCACAAAUUGAGUGCAAUCAGAAAAAUGUAUCCUUUAAAAGCCAAGUCAGUCUUAACGAAACUACGAUCGAAUAUUACACUGAUGAUGAGCAGUCCUCCAAAUACGAAUACUUGAAAAUUGAAUUGGCCAAUAUCCAAGUGGACGAAACCAACGCUGCUUUAGAGGGACAGGCUUUAGUUGGAAAUUACGACCUAGUGGAAGGUCUGCUGGAUAAUAUAAUGCAGUAUUUGGAUUGCAUGAUAUUAGAAAUCAAAUCAUCCUUCCGCUUGGCACAAACUCUACAAACAUACAUCGCUUACGAAGAUUCGAUCGGCGGUAAAAGUUGCGAUAUACCUAAGAAAUUAUGUGAACCUUCCAAAUUAGAAACGUUGGAGGAAAUAAAAUCGAAGUUGUUUGUUUCUCUGAACAGAUACGAUCACAUAAAACAACUCAAACAGGAGCACGAUCAAAGAAAGAACGACUACAAAUUGGCGCUAAAAAACUUCAAAAUUAUUCUCGAAGUGAUGAACAUCAACGAAAAAUCCUUGAACAAAUUGAGGCAACAAUUCGAAGAGGUCCUAAUGAACUACCAACACGCGCGAUGUAUCCUCAAUCAGGAGUUGCCUUUUAUUUUGACAGAGAGGACAAAGGUCUUGGGCGAUUGUUUGAAGUUAUUGGGACGGGAAUGUGGAGAGUGGGGUGGAAACCGAGACGAGUUGUCACGGUUAUUUACUGAGUUGGGAAACAAUCUCAACUUCAAUUAAAUUUUAAGAUUUUGGCAAGGCUAGUUUAUGGUUAAUAUCUCAAAUAAUUUUAAGAUAUUAAUUUGUACAUGUAUCAUUUAAAUAAAUAUAAUAAAACAUU